AUGUUCCACAUUAAAUGUAGAAACAACAUUUAUCCUAAAACAGAUGGAAAAAUUGUUCGAUUUCAUGUACCAGAUGAUAAAGUUAGUUGGAAUUCUCUAUAUCCUGUGUAUAAUCCAACAUUGUUUACAUCUACAUGUGUUGUUGGUCAACCAUGGGCUGAUCAAGAUUUGAGUGUAUUUGAUUUCCAACCCAGUUGGAAUACUAUUGAUGGUUAUAUUAAUAGAAUUAGUUUGACUGGGAUGUAUGAAAUUAAAAAUGGCUAUCCCCUGAACCCUUGUGGUCGAACUGGUAUAAUCGGCCGUGGAGUUCUUGGACGUUGGGGCCCAAAUCAUGCAGCUGAUCCAAUUGUUACUCGUUGGAAAAAAUUUAACGACGAACAUGUAAUUGAUAAAAUCAGUGGUAAACCUAUUCUUCAGUUUGUUGCUAUUCAAAGAAAAGAUUCUGGUGAAUGGGCAUUACCUGGUGGUAUGGUUGAUUCUGGAGAAAUAAUUUCAACUACUUUGAAGAGAGAAUUCAUGGAGGAAGCUAUGGACUUGUUGCAAAAAUCUGAAGAAGAUGUUAUUAAAAUAAAAAAGGAAAUAGAGAAAAUAUUUAACGAAGGCGUAGAAAUUUAUCAGGGAUACGUUGACGAUCCUAGAAACACUGAUAAUGCUUGGAUGGAAACCAUUGCAACUCUUUUUCAUGAUGAGAAAGGAGUUAAUGUAGGAAUAUUAAAACUUCAGGCAGGAGAUGAUGCAGUUGGAGUGAAAUGGGUAGAUUUAGAUAGAAAUCUGAAAUUAUAUGCCAAUCAUAUAUCAUUUUUAGAGGAAAUUGCAACCAGAUUAAAAUGUCAUUGGUGA